AUGGAUUCACAAAGAAGCCAUCAUAUUUUAACGAGAUUAACCAAGAUACGGAGAAGACCUCAACAACCGUUAACCGACUUUACAGAACUUUACAGUAGAAUUGCCAAUGAGACAAUAUAUUACUUGAACCUAGAAGAGAAAAAACGAUAUAAAGAAGCAUUGCAAGGAUGGAAAGCGCUUACCACUGAUGUACUAUUCAAACAGACAUUGAUAGAGCAUAACUACCCAAAUACUCAAUCAUACACGAAAGAUGAAGUUAGUUUACAGAACGGUAUUCGAGAAUUGUACCACAAGAGCGUUAUGCAUUUGAAAAGAGUCAAAAAAUUGGUCCGAGAAGAGCCUGCUCCCAGGAAUGAUAUGCCGUCAUCCAAAACAUACACUAAUCAUAGCUCAUCUUUCACAAGGUCUACUGAACCACCUCCUGUAUUCCAAAUGGUUCCCGGAAGAAUGAUGAAAACAUUAAGAAAUAGAAAUGCAUGCGGCUAUAAAACCGCAUACUCCAACCCCUCACUAUCAUCAUAUGGUAACAGCACAUCGAUAAAACGCGGAGAAGAUGCGGAGAACAUUAGAGUAAAUUUUGUACCUUCUAAGCCUUUAUCCAACAAUGCAAGCAGACAGCACAAGAACCCUAUUGAGCACAAUGAUCCUCCACUUAAGAAGGAAACUGAACUGUACUCAGAUAAAUAUAUCUCAGAGCCAAUAUUGAUAGAUUUGACUAAUGACGAGGAUGAUCACGAUGUCGGCAUUUUAAAAGGACACAACGUUUUUGAUGAAGAAGAAAGUGAUGGUUUCGAGUUUGAUGUGUCCGAUUACUAUGAUAAUUUCUCCGAAGUCGACGUAGAAGAAGAAGAAGAAGAAAAAGAGGAAAGACGACGUAUAAAAACGUUAGAAGCAAUUCAACAGCAAAUGUCUGACUUGUCUGUUACUUCUUCUACGUCCAGUAAUAAGAGUGUAAGUUCUUCAGAAAAUGUUCCCGGAUCAUGCAUACAGUCCCUGCCGACUACCGCCCCUGCUCUUCCUUCAUUACCUCCACCUCCUUUAUUAAAUGUCGAUAGAGCGUCCAGCACUGGCGCUCUAAAGCCACAUAGUUUAGAAACUUCUACUACUAUGGAUUCAUCAAAGAUUAGGAAUCCUCAAAUAUCAAAAUUAAUGAAGAAUAAUCACGUACCAUACUUAAAGGGUACCAAAUCAACGCCCACUCUUAUCACUAAAUCAACGCCAACAUUUAUUACAAGAUCAAAAAGUAAUACAAAACCAAUCAUCAAAUCCAAUGCAUCGUCUCCGACCUCUUCUCUGACUGUUCCAAAUUCAGUAAUUCAAAAACCCAAAACGGCUGCAAUGGCUGCUAAGAGAGUUCUGAACAGCAAAAAGGUUGCGAGUAACCCCGCAUUAAACACUACGAAGAAGAGUCACCCCAUUUUGAAAUCCAAAACGGCGAAAGUCCCAAAUUCCAGUUCGAAGAAAACGAGUAGCCAUCCUUCCAGACCUGUAAGUAACUCAAAACCAUACUCGCAUGGUGCAUCCCAGAAUAAGAAGCCAUCGAAAAAUCAAACCACGUCUAUGAGUAAAACGAAUCGAAAAAUACCAGCACAAAAAAAAAUCGGUUCUCCAAAAAUAGAAGAUGUUGGAACAGAAGAUGCCACUGAACAUGCCACUUCCCUAAAUGAGCAAAGAGAAGAGCCUGAAAUAGACAAGAAAGUCCUGAGGGAGAUUUUAGAAGAUGAAAUUAUUGAUAGUUUACAAGGUGUAGAUAGGCAAGCUGCAAAGCAAAUUUUUGCCGAAAUCGUAGUGCACGGAGAUGAAGUUCAUUGGGAUGAUAUUGCUGGUUUAGAAAGUGCAAAAUAUUCUUUGAAGGAAGCAGUUGUCUAUCCGUUUUUGAGACCAGACUUAUUCAGGGGGUUACGUGAACCAGUCAGGGGGAUGCUCUUAUUUGGACCACCAGGUACAGGUAAAACAAUGCUAGCGAGAGCUGUAGCUACAGAGUCGCACUCCACCUUUUUCUCUAUUAGUGCUUCCAGUUUGACAUCUAAAUACUUGGGUGAAAGUGAAAAAUUAGUGAGGGCACUAUUUGCAAUUGCCAAAAAAUUGUCACCUUCUAUAAUAUUUGUUGAUGAAAUUGACUCUAUCAUGGGUAGUAGGAAUAACGAAAAUGAAAAUGAGUCAAGCCGAAGGAUAAAGAAUGAAUUUCUUGUUCAGUGGUCAUCCUUGUCCAGCGCAGCGGCUGGUUCAAACAAAAGUAACACUAACAAUUCUGACACCAAUGGCGACGAAGAUGAUACAAGGGUACUGGUACUUGCCGCGACAAACUUACCAUGGUCUAUUGAUGAGGCUGCAAGGAGAAGAUUUGUGAGAAGACAAUAUAUCCCAUUACCAGAGGACCAGACCAGACACGUUCAAUUUAAGAAGCUUCUUUCCCAUCAAAAGCACACGUUAACCGAAUCAGAUUUUGAUGAACUGGUAAAGAUUACUGAGGGCUAUUCAGGAAGUGAUAUAACGUCUUUAGCGAAGGAUGCUGCCAUGGGCCCACUACGAGAUCUGGGUGAUAAGUUAUUAGAAACAGAGAGGGAGAUGAUAAGACCCAUAGGCCUUGUGGAUUUUAAGAACAGUUUAGUGUAUAUCAAGCCCUCUGUAUCCCAGGACGGAUUAGUGAAGUACGAAAAGUGGGCUUCACAAUUCGGAUCAUCAGGUUCAUGA